UUAUCGACAAUUCCGGGGUUGACAAAACUACCACACCUUGAAGACAUCAGGUACAGUCAGAGUAUGCGGUCGGCAACCGCUGCCCUCAUGACCAUGAGCUCAACCGGACGAGUUUUCUCUGGAGACCGUGUGUUAUUGAGAAAUGACCGGGAAAAAAGUUCCCCUCCUCUCUCACCUAAAACAGAAACAGACGAAAAACCUUAAAUUGUGCCGCAAAGAUAACUUGCUAAGUAAAGUGGACAAGCUUCCAGUAGUUGCAUCAAUGAAUGACCCUGAAAUUAUAGAGUAGAUACAAUUAAUGAGAGGGAGUUGUAUAAAUUGGGUAGUUACAUAAUUAUAUUAUGUAUUGUAAACAAGUAUCAUACAUAGGGGUAUUUAUCAUCGCUACGCUGUUCAUUACUAAGGCACAUAGACUUUAAAUAUGACAUAAAUCUUAAUUACAUGUCCUAAUUGUGUAAGUGGUUCCCCACGAUAACUAUUCUUUAGAAUGCUAGCUUAAGGACCGUGUUUUAGGGUAUCAAACAAAUUUGACUAUGGAUGUAAAAAUGCCCUACUUGAGAUUUCCUUUUUGCCAAUUUUUUCCCAGUUGUCAGGUCAUGUACAUUUGAAUACCAAAGACAGUUAUUUUGUUCCUGGGUAUUUUACAACGACAACAAAAUGAAAAUGAAAUUUUUUGUCUCAUGACAAAAAUGAUAAUAAUAAUCAGAUCCAAAAAACUAAUACAUCGAAGGUACAGAUGGACAAUUUUAUUUUUUCACUAUUUUAUUUUAUUUUUUCUUUUCAUUCCUGUAAAAUUUAUAUUAUAAUAGCAUGUAAAAAGCCGUUUGGACAGCAUCUGAGGAUGGAAAUAUUUUGAAAAUUUCGGUAAUGUAGGAACUUGUACCAAAGUCUAGUUUGUUAGAUAGAAAUUUGCCGCUGAAAGUGCAACAUGUUGGAUUAAGCUGCAUGCGGUCAAAUAAAAAGCUGUUGCGACCUACCGACCUACCGUCUAUCGAAGCAAUCUUCUCAUUAUGCGAAAGCAGUUUUCAGUUUUUGCGGCGCCCUUAUAUUCACGAUAAAAUUCCAUUCUUGGAGCGCGGUAAAGCUAAGGAGAAUUAUGUACAAUUCGCGGGAUGAAGGGUACAUUAAACACUUUAGUGUACAGGUUAGGUAAGUUAUCUUGCAUAUAGAUUAUAGAAUCGACGGAAAAGAUUACAACGACAGCUGUAUAAGGGUUCUACAAAAAGGGUGCUUACCAUUUUACCCAAACCACCCAGGUGGAAAUCUUGUGCACAAACACAAAACUAUAAAGUUUGACGUGGUGGGAGAACGAACUGCUACAAAGUAUAUCCAAAUCAGCUGUACAGCCAUAAAAGAGCAAUGAAAACAGUUGUGUCGCCUCAAAUCACAGCCCAUAUUCUCUGAAGCUUCCUAAAGGAACCAACCUGAAUUUCCGGUUUUCCCAUGUAAAUGGUAGGUACCCAAGGUUUUGUUGGUAUUGCAGUGACUCUUUUCUCUUGAGAAUUUUUUUAAGGGCAUCUAGAAGUUUUUCGUGUGUCGCAGUAAUGUUCAUCCCUUGCGUGACGUAAAAUUUUCAUAUCAGAGAAAUACAAUCAAGUUAGUGUAGCAGUAGGUGGCGUUAAGCGUACUGUAUUAGAUUGCUACAAAGACGAUUCAACGACUAUAUAAAUCAGAAACAACAAAAAUGGUAUCGGAAAGGCAAUCAAGCCGUGUUUUGUUGUAUCUAAUUCAUUCAUUACUUAUCCAAUGGUAGACGCAGCAACAGCUUGGUUUUACUCAGCGGUUUUAUGUUAAAAUUUCCUUUCUAAGACUCACAAAAAUUCGUUCAUUUUUAGUUAAAACUGUUAUUAAAUAAAUCUACGCCGAUGUGUGACUCAGUGGAAAAAGAAAGCUUGAAUAAAUGUGUUACCAAAAAGACCAAUCUUAGGCUAUUGGUAAAUUUUUAUAGUGUUGCAAACAAUUAUAAGGUUUUUUAAAACUGUCUGACUCAAGUAAAAAUUAAAGCACUGAGUAACCAUGGUAACUUGUAGUUAAAAAAACUUUAGUUUAGAUUAAAGGAGCGCUUUCAAUUCUCAAAACUAAAUCCGCGUAGAAAGCCGUCCAACAUCAAGACAUUCCUGAAAAAAUGCAUUAAGCCCUUUUUUACAACAGGAAAGUAAAAAAAAUGUGGGACGUAGCAAAGCUGAUUUAUUUGUGAUAUUAAUAAUUAAACAAUUUUAGCACAAUACUAAGACGGUGAUAAUGUUGAGAGUGCUUAUUCUGGCUACUGUUACAGCAGUCAGCUGUUAAAGAUAAACAUACACUCAGUCAAAAUCCGGUUCUCCAAGACGGAAGACGCGUCGGGAAUGGUACAAGGCGGUGUUUGUUUUACACAGGUGUCGUCUUUAUAAAUGGAAUUGAUAAAAAAAAUAACUGAAAAACUGCUAGGUGCCUGUUUGAGGUACUUAUUCGUGAUACAGACCCCGUUUGGGGAGAGUUGAUUGUAUAGGCGGGCUUAGUCGGAACAGGUUUCGUCAUUGGUACUUUGGACGUCUUUUCUUAAGUAUAUUCUCAGCUCCUUAUCCGGGUAUGCAUUCAUUGACAACUUCAAAUUUCCUCUGUUAAAGUUCCAGUUUAGAAAGUUAACCUGUUAGAUAAGUAAAAGAAUAUAUUUAUAGAUUUUUAUGUAGAUUAAUUUAAAGUGUCUUUUCGUUAAUAGCCAAUAAAAAAGUCAUACACUGAGAUGAUAAUUUCAAUCCAUUAGUCGUUUUUUACUCUCGUAGUUAACCGUCUUGCACUAAGGAGGAUUUUCAGAGUCGCGUAAUUUUUACUUGAGGAAAUAAAAAAGUCUGAGGAGAUGUAUGGAAGGCUAGGCCAUGUGUUAGGGUAAAAGUUGGGCGAUAUUCAACUUGUACGUGUACACGUGACCUUCCAAACAUUGACUCUAUUUUAUUUAAGUCCGUAAAAUUUACGUGCGGACGCACGUUAAAAUUACGCCAUUGUGGAAAUCCACCUUUUAGUGAAUAUAUAAUGCCUCGGGGCUCUGAACACGAUGACUCGUGAAUCCGAUGAAAGCUCCUUCCCCGGUACAGCGGGAUUCCUAGCCGACCAAAAUCUUAAAAUUUUUCGAGGUGUCUUGCACACUGUGUCCUUCACUAACCCCGCCCCUUGAUACAAUUUAACCUCUCCACAACGGCCACCUUGGGAACAGAAGAAAGAAUGGACAAUGUAUGGACCGUCCGCCAUAAAUGGUGGCCGUUAGCAGGAGCCCAUAGCCCGGAGAGAGCAACUCCCAUACUAGGCCGAUGUUAUGGCGUUUUUACUUACCAGUUUAUUUUUAGGCACAUUUUAGGGCACUUUUUCCCCCGAAAAUAGAAUCUCCACCAUAGUAUGAACGUAUUCGAAGUAUAAGAUAUCAAAAAGGAAAACUAAACGUUAUUAAAUGGCAAAAAAUAUCAUUUUUAGGUCUGUCGGUUUUGCUGACUGGUUUGUGGAAUUUAAAAGAUAUUCAAAAUUCGCGCUAAAACCGUUCUGAAAAUAAACUUGUCCGUGAAAACGCCUUGACACGAGCGCAUGGAAUUUUUUCGCUCUGGGUUACCGGUUCCUACUGUUAGUGGAGGUUCGACUGUACUCUGAUCGGUCCGCUUUAGCGUUCGUUUAUUGGCACCACCUUAAAUAAAUCCUACGUUUGCCCUAGAACCAACCGCUUUAUGAUCCACACACUUAAGCACUAUGCCAUCAAGGCAUCAAGGCCUAACAGCCAAAUGAUUUUUUGAUUUUAAUGCUAACCGUUUUAUGUCAACGCCUAGCUCUUACCACGUAGUCGUAGAUCAGCGGUAAGCCCUAAACUUAACUCUUUCUCUAGUCCAAACUGAUUUUGGAAUAUCCAUAUGAAAUUUGCCCAUGUCCGACGAAAACCGACGGAUACCAUCGUGUCUGCGAUCGGACACGAUAUCCGGAUCGGAUACUUCGAAUACAAAUAAGACCAUCUUUAAAACCAUAAAGAUUUGCAUAAUACUCAAAGAAAUUAAAAAGUCAAUGUGAGAUAUUUGUCUGUUCGACUAAAAUGGUGCUAGGUCAAUUUUAGUUAAUAGCUGAGCGUGAAAUCUCUUCAAUUUUUCCUAGCUGUUUUAAUAUAGGGACUUUAAGAUCCGAGAUUAGCAAAACAACAACUUUGCAUGUGCAGCACACUUUAUUUCUUUGCCGUCACUACACGAUGCCUUUUUCACGUUUUAUAUGAAGGACGUAAACAAGCUGCUACGAAAUUUUCUUUCUUUUUUUUUUCCCGUGAACUUGGAUAUGGUUUUCACUUACUCUCAACGUGAGUUGGAACUGUCGAGAUGAAGAUUGACAGAAUUGAAUGAACGGCCGGGAAUUCACUUUUUCAGCGAUGUCUCCGUCCUCGGAUCUUGAGGUCCCUAAUUAAUAAUUAUAAGCCCUCUGCUAAAUGCAUGAUAACUUCGCCCAACCAUCGAUCUCAGUCUACGGUGUACCUAAGAAAUCGGCUGUUGCAGGCUUUUCAUCUAAGAGCGAUCACUGUAUUCAGUGUAUUCAGUUCCUCCAGACAAUCUGAUGUUAAAAUAUGAUCAUGGAAGUUAACUUGUGUAGAAGAGGGUAAGUAAACGCCAUAAAAUUUAAGCAAACGAGAUCACUUCUAGUUCUUUAUUUAAAACUCAAGUAUCCAAGGUUUUUUUUUCGUUUUUAUUUUCCCACUUAAGCACUCAUCUGUUUCAGUUUAAAUUCGGGCAGUGAGGAAUGAAUAACAUCUUGUUCAAUUAUAAAACUUGAGUUCAAGGACGCCUUGUUUACUAUUGUCGCUACUUGAACGGAAAUUAAACAAAGCUUUUAUGACAGCUUUUCAAUGAAACUAAGAGAUGUCCAUUUUCCUUUUGAAACUUAAGCAGAAAUCCGUAAUAGAACCUCUGUCUGGAUGAAAAUAGAAUGGGUGAACGCGACAAUGGAAAGACUGCCAUUACGUUUAUGUACAAAAGACAUGUCUAAAAGCUGUCGUAUUUUUUGAAUAAAAAAUAUGCUUUUGAAUAUGAGAGUAUUACCCAGAGGAAAUGUUAUUUACAUUUAAAUUGAAAAAGCCCACAGUAAACGCUAAGUGGUAAGUUUGUAUAUCCAGUGAUGUCCUCAUUCCUCUUAGUUAAAACGUACUAAACUUAGGUGAAGUUCAAAACAGAAUUUCGUGAAAAAAAAACUUCUAGUUUAUGCGCAAAUAACAUGAAAAUGUAAUUAGUUCUUUGUUACCUGAACAGCUACUAAUGUAAUAAAGGGGACCCAGUCAAUGAUGUGAAACAAUUGAAGCUUAAGCCGACUUUGGCCAAUCAUCAGCCGACUCAUUCGCAUCCCAAACAAUAGAACUCAUUUACAGUAGAAAUGCCUCGGGUGAUAUAUCAACUGUUUGACGUUAAUUAAUUGGAAAAGCGCAAAUUGUAAAACUAACAGUUUCAGUCGGAGCUGUCGCAACCGCGAAGUGUGUCGAAUGAUUAAAGCGCCGAUUCUGAACGAGAAGAACGCAGCCAUGUCUGAAAAUUUACGAAUCGAACAGGAUGUCAUUCGACCGGUGUCCGCUCCGCGCUGCGCGCGUUGUAGGAAUCACGGCCAAACGGCGUAUCUUAAAGGACAUAAACGAUACUGUCCCUGGAGGGAAUGCACUUGCUCAAAAUGCAGUUUGAUUAUCGAGCGGCAGCGUCUUAUGGCAGCCCAAGUGGCGCUCAAGCGCGAAGACAGCGAAGUGCCUCCGGCUGGGUUUCGAAACGUUGUGAGCGCGGUGGAGUCUACCUGUGCGGUACCGUAUCGAUCACCGCCUCGGAUGAGCGAUGCUCUACCGACGGUCAUUUGUCCGACGGCGGUGCAGGUUGAUGUUAAUAACAACACGGCUCCCAACGAAUGUGCGGAUAUUAGCACAGCUGAAGUAAAAACCUGUCGCACUUCACUGUCUCCACCCAAAGGUAAGAAAUUAACAGUUGGUUUUAUUCUAUAAACCUUAUAUUUUUUAGCAUAAAGAAAGAAAAUGUGACCAAAAAACUUUCUUUGAACAGUCAGCGUGGAAGAGUUCAUCCAUAGGCUUACAACGUAUAACAGGGUAAAGAGGCAAUUGAAUUGAUUAUGUACUGAAUAUAUGCUGAUUUGUUACAGCGGGUCAGUUUGCUAUAAACGAAACCGUUUAUCGCAAUAACCACUUUAGAUGAUUCACCAACAAUAUUCCACACUUGUUUGGUUUGGAAUUUAAGAGUGUCAUAAACUUUAUAAAACUGAUUUGAUGUUGUUAAGCUGAAGCGCUUCAGGUUGCUUUGCAAAUAUUUUACUCAAGUAACAGUGUUGACUGAAAAACAAAAUGGACUGCACGCAUGCCAUGGGCUCUUAAAAGCAAAUUUAAUCUGUACUCUUGAUGAGGACUUUUCAAAACUUAAUAUUCUUGUAGAUGUUGCUUAAGGUUUGAAAGUGUUUCCUUGCAUAUUGAUAACUGACAAACAAUCUACUGAACGGGUUAAACAAGAUGAGAGGAAUCUUGAAGGUAUUUAUUAAGCAAACUAUACAAAAGUCAGUUCCUGAUAGCCCAUGCUUCAGACUCGCCAAUUUUCACCACCAACACUCUUUCAUGAACAACUGAGAAAAAUCUUGGGAUUUGCCGGACUGUUUGAGCUUGAGUCAGUUGUUUUCAUUAUGACUGCUCUGGGAACUCAUCACUUUAAAGGCUUCGUAAAUUUACAAUAUUUCAAACUAGUCUUGGCGGAGAACUUUGUGGGUCUGAUUCUAACACGCAUAAGGACUAUUUUUCAAAUUUCAAAAUUUUAAAGGAACAAAACAAGUCUUUUUUUAUGCUCAUUAUUUUAAUUUGUGGCCAUGAAUCAGAGAGCACUGAGAACCUCUCAGUCUAUGAGAAAAACCUGGUGAGAAGGAACAAUUCAUGACACUGAUUCAGAGAACAAAAUUUACUUUUAAUCUUUGUACUGAGACGUAUUAAGCGAUUGGCUCGCUAAUACAAAAAAGCAUUUUUCCUAAUUCAAGAAAUGCAGGAAAAGUUGUUACUGUGGAACCUCGAUAGGGAAUGGAAUUUCGAGGCCGGUUCUUUCCGCGUAUUUUACUAUGACUGAAAUCUAGAAUAUAGUACGUUAUAUCCGGGUUCCACUGUAUUCAGUUCAAUUUACUAAAACUGAACUACAAGUUAAAAAUUAUCGGGGACAAUUUUACGGCGAAAUAAAAAAGUAUCGAUCAUUGGAAAACCGUCUGAAAAAUGAGUGCCCUUGUACUUAAAAAAUUCAAGUUUAGCCCUAAAAGGUCUACUAGUUUCUAUCAGAGUCAACGGCCAUGUAAAAAUACUUUCGCGAGUGUCCAUAAACGCCACCAUGACGUACUAUCGCGAAACAAACUUCUUUUUCAGGGCGUUAUUUACCGUGCGUAAUCUUUUCGCAAAAUAUUGAACUAACAAAUUAGUCCCUUGGUGAAUUCAACAACUAAUCAUACAGUAUGUUAAAACAUUCUACUUUAUCGUAAUAUAAACAUGAUCACCAGGAACUUUCUCGCGGGUCCCUAAUGCUCGCUUCAGUCUUUCACAUAGAAAAACGGUGAUAAAAGAGCACCUGCUGCAAAUGUUCCUUACUUGCUCUCGAGUUUUCGAAGCCUUUUCCUUUUUUAUUCUAUUAAGAAAGAUGUCGUAUUUCGAAUUCUUCUCUAUUUGUAUAGGAUCGUGGUAUUAGGACAAUUGGCAUUUGAAAGUGAAGAGAAUGGAAUCUCGAUCAUUAUGUUGGGCGUUGGUGGAGGUGAUAUUAUUCAAAAACAGUGUUUUCUGAACGACAUUUAACAGUUGUGAACAAUACAAAACCCUGUGAAGAAACCUCCAUGACAAUCUUCAUUCUUGCUGCAUUUUGCGCAAAAUUCCAUCUACUUAGUGGUAUUACCAGUCAUUAAAGCGGAUGUUUUGGCCUCAAUAACUAAGCUAUUUUGCACGACGCGUUUCAUAUUAUACCUGAGCCCAACUUUAUCUGGACUGUCAUAAUUUUUUUUCUACAGGACUAAAGCGCAGUUUUUCACAAGUUGAAUCUUCGUUCCCGUCACCUCCCGAGGCGGGGGAUGAUAGCGUCUUCUAUGACAGUGACGGGACCAAUGGUGAAUCAAAUGGUGACAUCGGGGAAUUUGAACAACCAACCAAUCAAGAUAAACAAAAAGAGGCUUUCCGUUCUGGCAGCGACGACGAAGGAAAAGAGCAUCUUGAGAGUCCCGGAAACCAGGUUUCUAAUUAUCGUGGGAAACUGCCCCCAUUAGAAUUACUUACCAGGCUUUUUCCAACUCAGAAGCGGGGUGUACUGGAACUGAUUCUCAAGGGUUGCCAUGGAGAUGUUCUAAGGGUAAUCGAGUGUGUUCUACCAAGUCACGAAAAAGCUCUAGCUUCUUUAAAGACAACCGAGACGCUGCAUUACAGCCCAGGCAUACAUUCAAGCUAUAUUGCUCAUCAGGCUCGAUCGCCUUAUCAAGGGCCAAUGAGGGCUGGGCACUACCCUAUCUACGGAUCGCCACCAGGUUACUCGUAUCCUAUGAUGGAGUACUUGCACGCACCAAAAUAUAGUCUGGGAGCGAACUGUACAGCAGCUGACCAGGAGCAUGCGUACAACGUUGCUUCGUCCAAGGACCAAACAAAUGUAGUAGGGAAAGUUUGCUGCGAGUGCUCCGCUAAGUGUUCACCUAGCAGCAACUUUUGCAGCUCAUGCGGAAAAUGUUUCAAAGAAACAUAA